UAUAUUAAUCAAUUAGGCUUACAAUUAUAGAAAAGGAAAAUGGCAAUGCAAAGGAAAACAAACGUAAGACUUCCGCCCGAGGUAAAUAGAAUACUCUAUGUUCGAAAUUUGCCAUAUAAGAUUACAGCCGAAGAAAUGUACGAUAUAUUCGGUAAGUAUGGAGCUAUCAGACAGAUUCGUGUAGGGAAUACCCCCGAGACUAGAGGAACGGCUUUCGUUGUGUAUGAAGACAUUUUUGACGCAAAGAAUGCAUGUGAUCAUUUGUCAGGCUUCAACGUUUGUAAUCGAUAUCUUGUGGUAUUGUACUAUCAGUCGAAUAAGGCUUUCAAGAAAGUUGAUCAGGAUAAGAAAGAACAAGAUAUUGAAAGACUUAAAAAGAAAUAUGGAGUAAACACAGAGGAAAAUUAAUUGUACUUAUUGAAACAUGAAGCUUGAAGUUGAAAAUGAAAAGUAAAUAAAUACACUUUUACCCAAAUGACAGUGAACUGAUGUGUGCGUUUUUAAUUUCAUGUACAACUACAAGUCUACGUGUCAU